GAGCUGAAGAAGAAAGUCACGCUCCUGCGACACUUCAAGAACUACAUGAUGACGGACGUGUUGGAGAGGAAGGACGGGGCUUCCGCCGGCGAGUCCAGCCUCAAGCCUGCAAGCCUUGCGGCUAAGGUGACAUAUGCCCCUGGCCAGGUACCUUUUGCAGCUUGGCGAAAUUCGUUGGUUGGCUUGUCGCGCAUUGGGCUUUCGCAGCUUGAAGCAACGAAGCCCAGUGCUCCUGUAAGAUGA